GGGGGGGGGGGGGAGGGGCGCACCCUCACAGGCCUCCAGCUUCUUGAGGUUGAACUUGAAGGAGUCUUUUGCACCCUUGCCAUUGACCUGCAGCAGCCAUCGUCCUGCACCAGCACUUGCAUGGAGUACUUGAGCCAUGACUCCUCAUGAUACCCAAGAUUAUUCACCAGAGAAGAGCAUAAAACAUAUAUUUCACAAAGUGAUAAGUCGGAAAUAUAGAAGUUGUGAUCCUGACUAUUUACAAAACUACAAGUGAGAGUGAACACCAGAAAUCAUAAAAAAUCAGGCCUUGUUCACCACCAGAGAAUUUAUACUGGAUAGAAGCCCUACAAAUAUAAACAAUUUGGCAAAGCUUUUAGUAAAAAAAAAAAAAAAAAAGAUCUUAUUUACCACAGAAGAAACCACACUGGAGAGAUGCCUUACCAAAGGGCAGAAUGUGAUAAAGUUUUUAAAGAAAAAUCAAUCUUUAUUAAACAAAGCAGAAUUCACACUGAAGAGAAGCCUUACAAAUGUGAAAAAUAUGGUAAAGAUUUUAGUCAAAAAUUAAACCUUAUUUACCAAAGAAGAAUUCACGCUGGAGAAAAGCCCUACAAAUGUAGAGAAUGUGGCAAAGCUUUUAGUCAAAAAACUGACCUUAUUAGCCACAGGAGAACUCACACUGGAGAGAAACCCUACAAAUGUAAAGAUUGUGGCAAAGCUUUCAGUCAAAAAGUAGGACUUACUUACCACAGCAGAACUCACACUGGAGAGAAGCCCUUCAAAUGUAGAGAAUGUGGCAAAGCUUUUAUUCAAAAAACAGACCUUAUUUGCCACAGCAGAACUCACACUGGAGAGAAGCCCUACAAAUGUAAAGAAUGUGGCAGAGCUUUCAGUCAAAAAGUAGGCCUUAUUUUCCACAGCAGAACUCACACUGGAGAGAAGCCCUACAAAUGUAAAGAAUGUGGCAAAGCUUUCAGUCAAAAACCAGACCUUGUUCGCCACAGCAGAACUCAUACUGGAGAGAAGCCCUACAAAUGUAAAGAAUGUGGCAAAUCUUUCAGUCGAAAAUCACACCUUAUUCGCCACAGCAGAACUCACACUGGGGAGAAGCCCUACAAAUGUAAAGAAUGUGGCAAAGCUUUCAGUCAAAAAACAGACCUUAUUCUCCACAGCAGAACUCACACUGGAGACAAGCCCUACAAAUGUAAAGAAUGUGGCAGAUCUUUCAGUCGAAAAUCAUACCUUAUUUGCCACAGCAGAACUCACACUGGAAAGAAGCCCUACAUCUGUAAAGAAUGUGCCAAAGCUUUCAGUCAAAAAAUAAGCCUUAUUCACCACAGCAGAACACACACGGGAGAGAAGCCCUACAUCUGUAAAGAUUGUGGCAAAGCUUUCAGUCAAAAAUCACACCUUAUUUGCCACAGCAGAACUCACACUGGAGAGAAGCCCUACAAAUGUAAAGAAUGUGGCAAAGCUUACAGUCAAAACUCAUCCCUUAUCUGCCACAGAAGAACUCACACUGGAGAGAAGCCCUACAAGUGUAAAGAAUGUGGCAAAGCUUUCAGUCGAAAAUCAUACCUUAUUUACACCAAAAACAGGCAUAGCAGUGGCAUCCCGCUCCCCGGGCAGGGGGCAGGGAAGAGCCGGUUGCUGCCGCUUGGAAAGCCCUUGCUGCGCCAUGACCAGCUCACACAUGGCAGCUGCUGCACCGAUUCACGCACCCUCUGGUAA